AAUAAAAAUUCAAAAGUUGAUAAUUGUUUCUUUUUGGCAUCAUAAACCACAAUUAUUGCAGACUCAACAAUAUUGUGGUUUUGAUUGCUAGAUGGCGGUUCAAUCUCGUGUAGACUAUAGAAUGUAGAUACUUGUCAGUUGUCUUGUGUUGUUGUCACUCCCUAGUCCCCGUUACCCUCUACUCGCCAGCCAUUCUAUAGGUCCAAUCCAGUCAUCUGUAUCGGCCAUCGGCUCGGCUGUAUCUUAUUUCGUGGCAUGAUUAACCCGUACACGUUUAUAGGUGUGCGUUGUUACUUAACAACAAUUUCUCAACAAUCGAUACUCGAUAAUAACGAUUAACGAUUCUCAGUUUUCUGUUGAGUUUUAAGUUCAAUUCAAGUAUAUUAUAUAUUUUUUUACAUUAUAAUAAUAUAAUGGAAGCUGUGACGAAACUUAACGCCGUGAAAAUUGCCAUUCAUUCUCGUUUAGUUGAAAAGGUGAAAUGGCACAAACAGGAACUUGCAAAUAGAUAUAAUAUUGAGUGUGAACGCCUCAAAUUAGAACAGGAGUUAUUGAAAUCACAGAUUCAGGCUGAAUUGGAAAAACUUAAAAAAGUGAGCUCCAUAAAUGGAGUUAAAAAUGAAAUUAUUGAAGGAGAUGUUAAAAUAUCUGAUGAUAAUAUAAGUAAAGAAAAAUUGAUCGAUAAAAAAAGUACAACUAGAAUCAAUGAUGCAAAGAAAGGUAAUGAUGUUACAAAGAAACAAAAAAAAAUUAAUACUGCUGUUGCGGACAGUAAAAAAGUUGAUACUCCUGUUGAUUUUGGUCGAUUGGAUUUACGGGUGGGAAAAAUUAUCAGUGCCUCUAAACAUCCUAAUGCCGACGCUCUUUAUGUGGAAGUCGUGGACGUCGGAGAAGAGAAACCCAGAACAGUCGUUAGCGGAUUGGUAAAGUACGUACCACUAGAAAAGAUGUCUGACCGUUUGGCCAUACUGUUGUGCAACUUAAAACCAUCUAAAAUUAGAGGAAUACUAUCCGAAGCAAUGGUCAUGUGCGCCAGUACACCUGACAAUGUCGAAAUACUAGAACCUCCUAGUGGGGCUAUACCCGGUGAUUAUAUUACCGUAGAGGGAUACACUAGGUCUCCUGACAAGGUGCUAAAAGUUUUUGAAGAAAUUGCACAAGACUUGAAGACAGACGACCAUAAUCAGGCUACUUACAAGGGAACUCCGUGGAAGGUUGCAGACAAAGGAAUUGUAGUCUCACAGUCAUUAAAAAAUGUUAAAAUUAAAUAAAUAAACGCAUAAUAUACAUGUUAUAUAUGUUUCUGCUUAAAUAUAGUUAUUGCUAUAAGUAAUUAAAAUUCCAAUAAUUUUAAUGUAUUUAAAAAUAUAUUCAGCUAUAAGAUGCAAAAUCGCUCUACACAUAUUUGCCUUCAAACAUCUUUUUUAAAUAUUUACUUUAUGAAAAUAUAUAGAUGACCUUGUUUCUGAAAAACUACUGUUCAUAAAAUUAAAUUUCCUGCGUAUCCCUGAACAGAGAAAGGCACAUUCCUGUAACUUAUGAUUAUACAUACGAUUGUUUAAUUUAAAAAAUAAGAAAUACAUACUAGAUUACAAACAGUACAAUUGUAAUUAAUAUUUGCAUUUUUUAAAAAAUCAUGUUUUAUGCUAUGUAGGCAUGUAGCCAUAGAUAUAUUGACAAUUAGUUAUGUAAUUGUAUAAUUAAUAUGUCAAUUGUCACUCUACUCUUCACCUACCUGCAAUAUUAGUUUUCUAAAUGUUAUAUUGGUAAGAAAUUAUAUAGGAGAAAUAGACAUAGACGGAGGGUGUGAAAAAUACCGUUCAUUAUUUAUUUAUUACUACUGUUAUUAUGUUAUUACGUAUUAGGCCGUAUGUGUUAAAAGAAUAUAUAUAUUUUUUUAAAUUGUA